AUGUCGCCACUUCCCCUACCCACCCCCGAGUGGAUCUGGAUCGGGGCAACCGCGCCCGACGAGCCUGCUAUGGUGGACGAGCCGCCCGCCGGUGAUGACCCCCCUCGCACCCGUGCCACGGCCUCCUCCUCGCCUCAAUGCCGCGGUGCCGACGCCAUGGCCGGUGCUGCCUCGCCGGACGACCCCGACCUCGUCGCCGCUGUCCGUCUACCUCAGGCCCUCCCCGAGCACGCGAUUGCACAACGACAGGCUCGAUGUGAGCCUCUUCCCCUCCCCUCUCGCGCCUUGGUCGCACUCGCCGCGACCCACGUCCACCUACGCGCGCGCCCGCACCCACUCGCUGUGCUCGAGCCCCCCGCCCCCCUCCGCGUCCCCUGCUCGUCGGAGCCCCGGCACGGCUCUGCCCCGCCACUGCCGCGUCACCGCCCUCUUCCCAACUCGACGACCUCGCCGCGCUCCUGCUCGGUCCCUAGCCUCGGCUCGCCGUCGCACCAGCACCUGCGUGCCUCGCGCGCACGUGCUCCAUGGCCCACUUCCGCCCGCAGCCCUCCCCCACUGCCGCGUCGCCCCGCCUGGCCUCGCACGCUCGUCGCCGCCAGCGCCUCUGACCGCGCGUCGCCGAACCCCCCUGCUCCUCGCGUCGCCGCCCCCUGCUGCUAG